CCCAUUUGAUCUCCUCACUGCUUCGUUCUUGCCUCUGAUCUCUCUCCUGUUGUCAGUGUAGAAGGUGCAAAGCUCCCUUCAGCUAGUAUGUGGUGGUGGCUGCUUGGUCUACUCAGCUGCGUGCUGCUGGCGGUUAUUGUCAUUUUCUUUUUGAUAGUGGGGCAACGCUACAAGGUAUUUAGUGAGUCGUGCCUGAGACCACCCGGACCCCUUGUCGCUGACAGCAAACUGAGGGAAGCCAGGCUGAAGAGAGGAUUUCGUGUGGACCGUGUUCCUGCUGAUCUGGACGCAGUGGUGAUUGGCAGUGGCAUAGGAGGUUUGACGGCAGCAGCACUUUUGUCCAAAGCUGGGAAGAAGGUUGCAGUUCUGGAGCAGCAUGACCAAGCAGGAGGGUGCACACACACCUUCCAAAAUAAAGGAUUUGAGUUUGAUGUGGGAUUUGGUGUGGAGACAGCUGAAGCCAUUGAUUCCACCUCCAUUAAUGCCCCCUUUGGCACUGGAGAGCUUGGUUCACAGAGGGCGCCACUUAUUGCCAUGUUGAAGAUCGUUCCGUACUGGUUGGUUAACUUUCUCAUUCGGACUGGCCUAUUACAUUGGAUAUCUUCAGUGUUUCGUCUUGCAACAACCAGCCAUUCAGAAUUAAUAUCUCACCUCACACAGAGCAAGGACUUGCAGGCACUUUCUGCAUACCUGUUCUACGGCGUCCCUCCUAAAGACUCCAGCUUUCUCAUUAAUGCCCUCCUCCUUCACCACUACAAGCGUGGUGCAUACUAUCCACGUGGGGGCGCAAGUGAAUUUGCCUUUCACAUCAUCCCAGUCAUUCAGCAAGCAGGUGGUGCAGUCCUAGUCAGGGCUCCAGUGCAACGCAUCCUCCUCAACGAACAGGGGAAGGCGUAUGGUGUGGUGGUUCUUAAAGGACAAGAAGAGAUAGAGGUUCUUGCCCCUGCUGUAAUUUCAAAUGCUGGAAUCUUCAACACCUUCCAGAAGUUUCUACCUCACAAUAUACAAGAAAAACCAGAGAUCCAGUCAUUGUUGAGUAUGGUACAUCAUGGCAUGGGUUCCUUUUUGGUCUUUGUUGGUCUGGAUGGAACCAAAGAGGAGCUAGGCAUUGUUUCCAAUAACUUCUGGAUGUAUAAAGACAAUGACUUGGACUCACUCAUGGAGCAGUAUUCAUCUCUAAGCAGAGAGCAGGUUUUGGGAAACAUUCCCAUGAUGUUUAUCACUUUUCCGUCUGCUAAAGAUCCAACAGCCAGCAUCAGACAUCCAGGUAAGUCCUGUAUGACUUUGUUAACCAUGGCAUGCUAUGAAUGGUUUGAGGAAUGGGAGGGGACCAAGCUUGGGAAACGGGGACAGGACUACGUGGAUCUGAAGAACAGUAUGGCCCAAGAGCUGCUGGAAUGGGCACUCACCAUCUUCCCUCAUCUGCGAGACAAGGUAGUAAUGGUAGAUGCUGCAACCCCUCUAACAAACGUCCACUAUUUGGGUGCUCCAAGAGGUGAGAUGUAUGGAGCUGAACACAACUUGGAGCGCUUCAAACCAGAAGUGGUUGCUAAGACACGACCACAGACUCCCAUCAGCGGUCUCUAUUUAACAGGUCAGGACGUAUUUUGCAAUGGCAUGGCUGGAGCUCUUCACGGUGGACUGCUUUGUGCGUCAGCUGUCCUCAAUCAGAUGCUCUACAUUGACCUUCUAGCCCUGAAGACCCGCCUCAAACGCAAACAGAGUAGUCACAAAUGAACCUGGUAGCUGUGGUGGAGUCUGUGGUCUUCUUGAGUACAUAAAAUUUCACGUCUCUGAGAUAAGAUUUAAUGCUUUUUAUGAUAUAUAUCUUUGGAUAGUUUCCAGUCAUGCUGUAAGGUUAGCUGAAUUAAAUGUGUAAACAAAUGUGUGAGUGAUGAAUACAAAUCUGCACUUCCACCACCAUAACUGCUUCUGCUGUAGCUGCUCUUAGAUUCUUUAAAAGUGAUAAAGACAUUUUAAACCUGCUGCCAAAUGUCACCUUCAUUCACUUUUCAUUGAGCUUUCAUUUAAAGAAAACCUCACCAGUUGCACGUGAGAUGUCUGCAAUAA